GAUUUGAGUCGCUACACGCACUACCGUGUCUUGCGCAUUGCUGGGCUCACCCACGACACCCAGACCGAGUUUGAAGACAACAGAUCCCGGCGCGGUUUCUUGACACCGCUCACGGAGAUGCAGGACAAUGCCACUUUGCCGCGGUCUGCCGAUCAUCGGCGCUUCAACUAUCCCCACACUCUGAGCUACAAGGUCUACUGGGGCCCACCUUCGGUUCAAGAAGAGCCAAAUGAGUACGAGGGCUCCAUGGUAGGUUGCCGAGUGGCUGUUCGUCUUUGUGACCUUCCGCUAACACAGCGGCAGAAAGAGCGUUUAAUUGACAUUGUCGGCCAUGACCGGAUUUGUGAGAAAACUGGUGUGCUCACGUUGGAAGCUGACUGCUUCCCAGAGAGGAAUCACAACGCAGCGCUCUUGGGCGACAUGCUGGAGCAGCUCCUACGCGAGGCAUUGGCAGCCGACCAGCGCAUUUCCGCCUUGAGUGACCUGUCGGAGUGA